CCUGCGGCGCGCCGGGCGCCGGGCGGUGUCGCCAUGCUCCGCGCGCUGACCGGCCUGGGCGCGCGGCCCGCGGGCCGGCCCCCAGCCCCUCUUCUGCUGCCCGCGCGCGGCCGCAAGACCCGCCACGACCCGCCGGCCAAGUCCAAGAUCGGGCGCGUGGCGACCCCGCCCGCGGUGGACCCUGCGGAGUUCUUCGUGCUGACGGAGCGUUACCGGCAGUACCGCCAGACGGUGCGCGCCCUCAGGGGGGAGUUCGUGUCCGAGGUGCGCAGGAAGGUGCACGAGGCCCGGGCCGGGGUCCUGGCAGAGCGCAAGGCGCUGGAGGACGCCGCUGAGCACCGCAAGCUGAUGGCCUGGAACCAGGCGGAGAACCAGCGGCUGCACGAGCUGCGGAUGGCCAGGCUGCGGCAGGAGGCGCGGGAGCAGGAGCGGCGGCAGGCGGAGGAGGAGGCCCAGCAGGCCCGAGAGGCGCAGGCCUGGACGCAGCUCAAGGAGCGCGAAGUGUUGCAGCUGCAGGAGGAGGCAAAAAAUUUCAUCACCCGAGAGAACCUGGAUGCGCGAGUGGAAGAAGCGUUGGACUCCCCCAAGAGCUACAACUGGGCCGUCACCAGAGAGGGGCUGGUGGUCAGGCCAGAGCACAAGGGCUCCUGAGGGCCCAGUACGGACAGUGCCCACCCAGGGACCAUGGGGGGAGGGGAGUUGGGCCAGAUGUGGAAUAAAGCAGUUGGUGUUUCUUAUGAAGGAGGAGGCUCUGCCUAUUCCAAUGCAGCCUUCACUUUUGGGCCUCAGCGCCCACAACUUGGUCAGAAACUCCACACACACAGUGCCCUGUUUUGCACCCACGUACAACUCUCAGCAAAGCACCAGACCUUAGAAGUUUCAUCUCACAGAGAAGCAUAAUCCCCUCGGCAGCCAGGUCAUCUCCUGAGUAUCCUCAAGGUCAUUGGUUGGCCUAUUGCAGUCCUUGGGCCAAAUCUGGCCUGUUGCUUUAUUUUGUAAAUAAAGUGUAUUGGAACACA